AUGUCCGGCAUCACAGAGUGCAUCGACUGGCUUCCCGUGGUGGGCGGCUGGCUGGUGAAGGCGUGGGGCUACUACGCCUACGUGAUCGUGUUUUGCGGCUCCGUGGUGCACGACGACGUGGUGCGGUUCGCCUUUAUCGUGGGCUUCCACGUGCUGCUGGCGCUGCUGCUAUGGUCCGAGCUGGCCACCAUCGUCACCCCCGUGCCGUCCGUGCCUGCCUACUUCACCCUGAGCGAGCUGGACCUGCGGCUGCUGCAGGAGGCGCGCACCGAGGAGCAGCGCAAGGGUUUCCUCGAGAUUCUGGGCCGCCAGCGCGGCGUCCUCACCCGGGGUCUGGACGGCGCCGUGCGCUACUGCGAGGUGUGCCGACGCAUCAAGCCCGACCGGGCGCACCACUGCUCCGUGUGCCGGCGCUGCGUGCUCAAGAUGGACCACCACUGCCCGUGGUUCAACAACUGUGUCUGCUUCAGCACCUACAAGGCAUUCCUGCUGGCCAACCUGUACGUCAUCCUGUUGUGCACGUACGCGCUCUUCACGGCCGGAAGCCACUUCCGCCAGGUGCCCUGGAACCACUGGCGUGUCACUGGGCCCGCGGUACAGGUCGCCACCAUGGUUGUCGUGGCGGUGGCCUUCUCCGUGUCCGUUGGCUCCUUCUUCCACUUCCACGUCACGCUGUUGGCGCUCAACCGGACCACGCUGGAGUCGCUGCGCAGCCCACUGUUCGUGGACAAAGGCGACACGUUCAACAUCGGCUGCAGCAACAACUUCGUCGAGGUGUUCGGCCGCAGUCGGCUUCUGUGGCUGUUCCCCGUGUUCACUAGCCUGGGCGACGGCUCGCGCUUCCCCACCAAGCUGCACCCGCACAAUCGCGAGCACUUCCGGCCUGGCGCCGUUUAAAUUGCGGUCUCCUCUACGCGGCGCGCAUGCUGACACGCAAAGUGUCUCAGUGAAGCCAAAGCCCUGCCCAUAAAACAUUCCGCCGUCGUAUCGUGGGUGAUGUUGGGAGGCUUCGUUGCCGCGUGCUUUCUCGACUGUGCGCACGUCAUCUUCGCUGGAAGUGAGAAACAUCCUACGUCACAUCCAACUGCUCUGAAUGUUGUACCGUAAAUUGCUUGUAUCGUGCCCGUUGUAUGAAUAAUAACCUAUAGAUAAGCACGCUCGUAACAAUAAUUGUGAUGCAAUGAUAUAAGAAUUUACUGUAUGCCCUAGCUCUUUGUUCCUGAGUAAUAUUUUAUGGAACUUUCGAAGAAGACAAACAUUUUCGGGACUUUCAUUUUCUGAGCUACCUCGAACGUAGUCAUACAGGUGCGUGUUAUUAACAAGCCAACGCUGAUGCAAGAAUACAGAAGAAAAAGGCGCGCGCACGGUAUUUAACGAUGAAACUUAUGGGGACGUGGCAAAUUAUCUGGCAGCUUGUUUAACCUUUGAGCUGUAGCACAGGGCCGUAGCACCAUGUCAAGUUCAAACUUUUGCGUCCCAGGAGCUCGUGAUUUGUGUCUGCAGUCAUUGCUGGUGGGGCAAAACACACAACGCCAAAUUUGAUGUGUAAGCAGCACUCUUUGUGAUAGCAUAUAGGUGUCCUCUGGCCACAGCAUGUGGGAUAAUAUAGCUG